AUGGGAUACCUUGAAUUCUUCGUAGUGGCAUUGAUUCCUGUCCUGAAAACAUUACUAAUCACAGCUGUUGGGUUGUUUCUCGCAUUGGAGAGGGUGAAUCUCUUGGAUCGUGCUGCAAGGCGCAACUUGAAUAAUCUUGUGUUUUACGUAUUCAGCCCUGCAUUUGUUGGUAGUAGCUUGGCAGAGACGAUUACUAUGAGCAGCCUAAUUGAUUUAUGGUUCAUGCCGGUGAAUAUUCUUCUUAACAUGAUGAUUGGCUCAACACUUGGUUGGAUACUUUACAAAAUCACCAGAGCACCUCGUCACUUACGCGGCCUACUUAUUUGUUGCUGCGCAACAGGGAAUUUAGGGGCAUUACCUAUGAUCAUCCUCCCUGCUGUCUGUAAGGAAGAAAAUAGUCCUUUUGGAGACUCAUCAACCUGUUCUACAAAAGCACAGGCUUAUGCAUCACUCAGUAUUGCGAUAGGAGCUUUCUUUAUCUGGAGUUAUUCGUAUAACAUAAUACGGGUAGAUACAAUGCAAUGUAGCACCACUUUCUCGGACCAUGAUUCUGAUAUGUUGACGAAAAGCAGCUUGCAUGAAGCAUUGCUAACUAAAGAUGGCGUAGUGGCCUCUGAUGACCAGGCUCAUGAAGCUCAGGAUUUGUUGCUUCUUACCAACUACAUUGAAGGUAACAAGAAGCAGGUACAAAUUUUAAAGAAAAUCAAGAAGCAGGUUGCCAUUUUGGGCUCAACGUUGAACCUAAAAAAGAUAUUUGCGCCUUCAACUAUUGCGACGUUAGUUGCGCUUGUGAUUGGAGCAGUUACUCCCUUGCGACACCUAAUAGUGGGGGAAAAGGCUCCUCUUCGUGUGAUAGAUAGCUCUGUAUCUCUUCUAGGAGAUGCAGCAGUACCAGCCACAACUCUCAUAUUGGGUGCAAAUCUCCGCGAAGGUCUUAAGGAAUCAGGAGUCGGACUAUGGAUCAUAGUAGGAAUCCAGGUUGUUCGAUUUAUUGCAAUGCCUCUCCUGGGUACAGUUAUUGUUAGAGGUGCACAACAUGUUGGAUUGGUGGGAUCGGAUCCAUUGUACCAAUUUCUUCUGCUGCUGCAACAUUCAGUACCAUGUGCAAUGGCUAUAGGUACAAUGACACAAUUAUUUGGGAUAGGCGAAAGUGAUUGCGCUGAACACAGAAUAGCCAACAUGGAUUUCCUAGACUUUUUCAUCGUUGCUUCGAUUCCAAUAGUGAAAACAUUGCUGAUUGCUGCUACUGGUUUGUUUCUUGCGUUGAGGAGAAUCAACAUCUUGGAUCGAAUUGCGAGGCACAACUUGAAUAAUCUCGUGUUUUAUGUCUUCCUUCCUGCAUAUGUUGGUAGCAGCUUGGCAGACUCGAUUACUCUGCGCACCUUGGUCGAAUUAUGGUUCAUGCCAGUGAACAUUAUUCUCACGUUCAUUAUUGGUACGACUCUUGGUUGGAUACUAACUAAAGUCACCGGAACCCCUCCACAUUUACGCGGUCUAGUCAUUUGUUGCUGUUCCACAGCAAAUUUGGGGACUUUGCCUAUGAUCAUCAUCCCAGCUGUCUGUAAGGAAACAAAUAGUCCGUUUGGAGACCCUGAAACCUGUUCUACUAAAGGACAGGCUUAUGCAUCUCUAACCACUGCAAUAGGAGCUUUCUUUAUCUGGACUUAUUCCUAUAACAUCAUGCGGACAGAAGCAAUGCGAUUUCCGGGUCAAAAUUCACUGACAUUGCCGGAAAGCAGCUUGCAAGAAGGAUUGCUUUCCAAGGAUAGUGUGGUGCCCAAUAACAAGAUUCAAGAACCGCAAGAUGGACCUCUUCUUCCCUAUAGCACUGAGGAUAAGAACAAGGUUCCAUUUCUAAAGAAAAUCAAGCAGCAAAUGAAAUCUUGGGCGGUUAAGUACAACCUCAAAAAACUCUUUGCACCUACAACCAUUGCCACGGUAGUCGGGCUCACCAUCGGAGCAAUAUCGCCUUUGCGAAAGCUAAUAGUUGGUGACAGCGCUCCUCUUCGAGUGAUAGAUAGCACUGUUGACCUGCUGGGACAGGCGACUGUACCAGCAAUGACUCUGGUUUUAGGAGCAAACCUGAUUGAGGGUCUUAAGAAAUCGGGAGUUGGACUACGGAUCAUCACCGGCGUCCAAGUUGUUCGAUUUGUUGCAAUGCCUCUGCUGGGAAUUGCUGUUGUUAAAGGUUCACAUUAUAUUGGAAUUGUGGGAUCAGACCCAUUGUAUCAAUUUCUUCUGCUGCUGCAUCAUUCACUACCAUCCGCAAUUGCCAUAGGUACAAUGACUCAGUUGUUUGGAAUGGGAGAAAGUGAUUGCUCUGUAAUUUUGUUGUGGAAUUAUGGAGUUGCUUUACUGGCUGUUACUCUUUGGGAUUCGAAAUUCUUCAACAAAUUUCUUUCAAUGGAGCUCCUGGAUUUGUUCAUGGUUGCUUCUAUUCCGGUGUUGAAGAUUCUAAUAAUAUGUGGAGUUGGUUCACUUCUUGCCUCAGAUCGUAUCGGCAUUUUGGGGGAUAGUACAAGAAAGCAGCUAAACACUGUUGUGUUUUUUGUGUUUACUCCCUCACUUCUUGCGAGCAGCCUGGCUGAAACAGUCACCUGGGAGAAAUUCAUGUUGUUGUGGUUUAUGCCUGUCAACAUCCUUUUGACAUUCAUUCUUGGCUCAAUAAUGGGAUGGAUACUUGUAAAAAUCACCAAAGCUGCUCAACAUCUUAAAGGGCUUGUAAUCACUUCUUGUGCAGCUGGGAACCAGGGGAAUUUGCCAAUGAUUCUUAUCCCAGCAAUAUGUCAUGAAAAGGGAAGUCCAUUUGGAGCAGCAAAUAGUUGCAACAAGUAUGGGAUUGCUUAUGCAUCGCUGUCUAUGGCAAUUGGAGCCAUUUACCUGUGGACUUAUGGGUACAACAUUGUUAGGGUAUUGUCAACGAAGAGCAAAAAUGGAAAUCUUGAUUCAGAAACCACAUCUGUUACCGACAAUUCAGAUGAAAGCUCGUUGCCGUUUCUAAAAACUAACAAUAUAGGGGAGGGAUCAAUGUGGAACAGAAUAAAGAACCAUUUGGCAGCAAUUUCCAGAAAUGUUAAUCUCAAGAACAUAUUAGCACCUCCAACUACUGGCGCGAUCAUUGGGUUCAUCAUUGGAUCCGUCGUCCCAUUGCGAAAGUUACUUGUUGGUGUCAAUGCACCACUUCAUGUAAUCCAGGAUUCGGCUUCACAGUUGGGGGAUGCAGCAAUUCCCAUAGUCACAUUGUUAGUUGGUGGAAACAUAAUCAACGGUUUGAGAGGAUCAGGAGUCAAGAUUUCUAUCAUUUCGGGGAUCAUCGUCAUUCGAUUCAUUUUGCUGCCAUUGAUGGGAAUUUUUGUUAUUAAACUAGCAUCACAUCUGGGCUUUGUCCAUGAAGAUCCAUUGUAUCAGUUUGUCCUUCUGCUACAUUAUUCAACUCCCCCUGCCAUGAACAUUGGUAAGACAUACGAUCAUUUAUCUUAUACCACAACAAAAGUUUGGUACGGUGAUCCAAGUUUUCGGAGCAGGGCAAUCUGA